AUGAUUUCAACAAUCGGCACAACAACAAUUCAAACUACAGCACCAAACUCGUUAGUCAUGAAUCCAACAUCUAUGUUAGUAGAGAUGAAAAGCUUCAUUCCUUCUUCAUAUACUUUCGAAACAAAAAUCCAGAAGAUAAAGCAAGAACUUUUAACAAGUAAUUUAGACUGUAGUGCGAAAGAUGAAACAAAUGAACAGUAUCUUUAUGAAAUGCAGGACAUUAUUGACCAUUUACCCAAAUUGCCUGAAAUCCAACAACAAAAACUAACUAUUCCUGAAUUCGACGAAAUUGAAGUCAAAACAACUGACUCAGUAGAAAUAAAGAAGUUCAUACGUAAAGUAAAUUAUGAAUUCCUUGGUUUUCAUUGCAACCAUAAAGUUAUGGACAAAGAUUGCGACAUGGUUUAUAAGAAUGUUUCUGACAUAUAUAAAUCUGAAGAAUUUAAGACCUACGAUAACUUUGUUUCAUUAGUUGCUGAAUGUGUUUGGGAAAUAAGAGAUAAAGAUAGAAGAGGCAAAGUAUGGAACGAACAACUAAGACCCGCUAUGUUUGAGAUGAAGAGAGCAAUUGACGCCUUAGUUGUUUUAGCAG